ACGGACAGAGAGAGUCCCUGUGAGACAUUCAGAAUGUGCUUUAAAUUCAAUGUCUGGGUCAGUACACUUUCAUUUUGAUUGCGGAUCGAUUCAUUUAUGAGCUUUUCUGCCACAGCUCUGCCCAAUAAAACUUCACUUGGAUCUGCUCAAAUGCAUCUAACUGAGGAUUGUAAACUUAUCCUGCUGGAUCGGUGAGCCAGAUGAACAACCCUACACCCCUUCACUUCUACAAAACUAAGGGGAAGAAUGUGUGUGUUCUCAUGCUACUGUGUGUUCCCCUCUCCAUGAUGGACAUCCCGGGUCCUUGCAAACAUGCCAUCACUAUGGACCACCUGCUUCAACUAAAACAACUGAUCAGUAACCAGUUGCGGACUGGCUGUUCAAUUACAUAUACAUUCAUUGAGAGAAAACACCUGAGCGUGGUGUGUUAUGUGAAGGCUUCUCUGCCAAGGGUGCUUGAACUGUUUAAUGUCCACUUCAAACACGUGCGGGGCUCAGGAAGUGCUCAAGCAGUGUUCUCCAUACAGAACCUCAUCCUCAACAUCUACUCCCAACACUGCAUACCUUCACUGAACGAGGAACUGGAGGAGGACCCUGUAGCAUUUGAGAGGCAAUACAAUGAGUCUCCUGUCCAGGCACUUCAAAGAGUCGAGGAGGUUCUGUCCCUGUACUUGCACCUCAUCACAACCACAAACACUACUGUUAACUGGACCUGCGAGCAAGAGUACAGCAGCAAUCUACCCCCUACCGUAACACAGCUAACCACUAGCACAGAGUCUGCGGUUGAAUUAUUCUGGCAAGAUCCUCAGGGGUCCUUCAGCGAUGAUUUCUACAGACUGGGCUUCAUUGUGGUCUGCAUCUGUGGAGCAUUUCUUAUCCUACUCACUGCCUACUGCCUCCUAGAGAGAAAGAAGCUGCAGCGUCAGCUUCACCAAACAAGAAUAUCAUCAGACUGGGGAUUACAAGUUGUCGAAAACUUUGAAAUCCAAGAGGAUGUAUACAAGAUGAAUGACCGAUGGACACAGUGUGGCUCACACCUCUCCACUGCCUUCUAACUGAUUUGAUCUUUCUGGAGACUCACAAGAGAGGAUUAACAGUGAAAUAGACUGCCUUAAUCUUCAGGAAGACCAUGACCAGAGGAAACAGAUUUAGGAUAUAUGUAUAUUUUUUUUUUCAAGAUAAUUCAUACACCCAGGACCUUAUACAUUUGUAAAUAUGCAUAUCAUUACAAACACCUAUUUCUUGACUACAGGAAAAAUCAAAGAUUUGCAUGCUCAAUAAUGCUACAGUUAUAUCAAUCCACUAUGCACCUACUGUAAGAACUAGAAAAGGAAAUAAUUCAGUCAAGGUUGAUUUCAGUUGUCAGACUACUAAAUGGAUGUUAUUUGGGGAAGUCGUGGCCUAAUGGUUAGAGAGUCGGACUCGCAAUCGAAGGGUUGUGAGUUCGAGUCUUGGGCCGGCAGGAAUUGUAGGUGGGGGGAGUGCAUGUACAGUGCUCUCUCCACCCUCAAUACCACGACUUAGGUGCCCUUGAGCAAGGCAUCGAACCCCCAACUGCUCCCCGGGCGCCGCAGCAUAAAUGGC